UGACAUUUAGGGAAUAUGGAAUGCUGAUUACUAAAGUCUGUUUGGUUUUCUGUAGCCGUAAGGAAUAAAUUGAGGCCUGAUUUAUGCUGCAAUUUGAUUAAAAAUAUAGCUACAAAGGUGUGCUUUUUGUUUGAAAAUAUACAUUAAAGCUGUAAAAUAUGGCAUCGUAUGUAAAUAUGAGUUUAGAUGAUAUAAUACAAAAAAAGAAACGAGGAAAUCAAAAUAGAAAAACCGGUAAACCGAAAGGACCCCCGGUUUUAAAAACGGAUAUAAUUGAUGCUAGGAAUAAAAUAGUCUCUAAGAAAAGGACUCAAAUCAGAGAUGCAAGAGAAAAAUUAGCUGAACUUGCUAAGCAAAAGGAUGCCCGAUUAAAGUUACAACAACUAAGGGCGAAAAAGGCUUCAAUGAAACCCUCAGGAUCACAUUUAAUACAAAACAAGCAAAGGGCAAUGAAAACAUAUAUAAAAAGAGAUAGAGUUUUUACAGACCCAUCUCGACAAGUUGUAUAUCAACCUUUACAAAACAAAAGCUUGGGAAGAAAACAAAGAAAUAAUCAAAGAUUUUUAGAAGACAGGACAUUUGCUUCAACAUCUAUAUCUAAGUUAUCAAUAAAACCUAUAUUGCGUACCAUAGAGAAUGAUCUUGAAAUCAUUGAUGAUCCUAUGGGUGAAGAUUACAAUCCUGCACCCAUACUAUCAAAUAGAAAAGCAAGCCUACAACUUAAGAUAAUAGCACACAAUAGUGACAAUCUGAGGAUGGCAAUCAGAGAAAGAGAGAAAAGUCCACCAAGACCACCAUCAAUACUUAAAAAAAGACCUAUGGCAGCUUUGCGUAUGGAAAAGGCUGAGGAAGAUAAUGAAAAACCCCCCCUUGAAUAUAGAAUUAUUGUAAGCAAUUUACGCAGUACUGUUACAGGGGGUGACAUAAAGGAAUUAUUUGAUGAUGUAGGUGGUAUGUUAGAAUCACGUCUUGUUAGACCUGGUACCGCUGAGGUUAUAUAUAAAAGUUUGGAAGAUGCACAGAGAGCUGUGGACUUGUAUCAUAAUCGACAAUUGGAUGGUCAACCUAUGAACUGCCUCCUUGUAACUCCGAGAACUUCAUCCAAAAGCAGUUCGAAACCCGCUCUUAUAAGCAGCAAUUCUACAGUAGAACCGGAUUUAUCGACAUUUCAUAAAGUGCUCUUUAGUCAUUUCUAGGGAGAAGACUGGUGAGUGACGUAAGGAGGCAGGCUUUUUUCACGCAUUUUGUUUUUGAUAUUUAAUAAUGUACGAUGAAUAAAUAAACAACUUAAAUC